AUGGGCAAUGUUCGUUUCGACAAGAACGAAGUGCUUCGCCUUCUUUACUUCGAUUUCAGCUCUGAGAUGGUCGGAAGAGUCAAGAAGACCGCCAAUGACUACGAGUGGGAUGCCUCCCAGAUCUCCAUCUCCCAGGUUGCCCACAGACACGCCUCUGAAAUACUGCCAGGAGACAUUUUCAGGAGAUUAACUUCCAGCAUCGAGGACUUCAUCUGCGGAAUCAAGCCAAUUUUCUGCUCUUGCAUCACCCAACAGAUCCGCUUGAACUUGGCCAAUUUCGACGCCGUUGCCGGAAUCGAGUGCACUGAGGUAUUCCUGGGUAAGAAAGCCAUUGGAAAUUGGCUGUUGCAUAUCAUCACCGAGUUUCUCAAGCCCCUGACAGUCUCACUUAGUGCCUCGAGUUUCUCGAAAUACUCGUCGCCCGCCAUUGCUGUCACAAAUCCCAACAAAGCCCCCUUGGUAAGUUUCUCACUGUCGUCUCUACUAUCCCCUCAACCGCGGGAAGGCCCCAUCAUCCUCCGCGACCGUAUAGUUCUUGAAACAUGGACGACAACCCCGACGACUCGACAGCUAAGCAGGAUGAAAAAGGAUCAAGAACGCUUGCAUCAUGACCUGGAGAACCUUAAACUAGCUUGGACCCCUCGACACGCCGGUAGCAGCCCCGUGUACUACGGAUCUAUUGUUAACAACCUGCAUGGGGCUCUCCAAUUCACCAACGACCGGAUGAGAGUAGAGACAAGGACCAGGACGAAGAAAAUGGACUGA